CAUUCAUUUGAUCUAUAGCCAAAGGAGGCAUUUAUUAAGGCUGGCUGCUGGUGAAGACUAUAACCUACUUAAGCUCAGUCUCAUAGUAUAGACCUGCGCUUUGUCGAAUCACUCCAUGGAGGGGAUUUACCUCAGCUCUCACUUGGAGAACAUCCUGCUCUCAACCUUCUACAUUGUCAUCUUCAUCCUCUCAGUCCCGAGUAAUGCCCUGGCACUUUGGGUGUUCUGCCACCGCAACACCAACAACACCCCUUCCAAAGAGUUUCUGAAGCACCUGGCUAUAGCGGACAUGUCUUACGUCUUGGUGCUCCCCAUGCGAGUGAUCUACCACAUGUCAGACAGUCACUGGCCUCUUGGUGAAGGCGCCUGUCGCGUGGUUGGUUUCCUGUUCUUCGUCAACCUUUACUGCAGCAUGUAUUUCAUGACUUGUAUCAGUGUAGACCGUCUGUUGGCUUGUGUUGUACCACACAAAACUCACAAUCUGAGAAAGACCAGGAAUGCCAAAGUGGUCUCUGCAGUGCUGUGGGUCAUGGUGACUAUUUCCAUGUUGCCUGUCCUAUUCUCUAAAAAAGAAGUGACUAGACAAAUGCAGAAUGUGACAGUGUGUGAAAAGCUGUAUAUAGAGAAGUCCUCCAAUCCCACCGGUGCGUUGGUGUCCACUGCUAUUGCAUUUGUGAUACCUCUGGUCACCCUGAGCAUUUCUUACAUUCUCAUAUUUGCCAAAGUAAAACAGAUGACUUUUCAAGAACGGACGCCUGCUCAGCGUAAGGCAAUGAGAAUGAUCGUUCUAACCGUGGUUAACUUCUUGAUUGCAUUUGUGCCCUAUCAUAUCCACCGAUUUGUAUUUAUCCUACAGCAUGACGACAUGUCAAGGUCAGAAUCCGAAAGACAAAUGUUGCAUUUAGGAAAUCGCAUCACCUCAGCUUUAACAUGCGUAAGUGGCGUGUUGGAUCCUGUCAUGUACUUCUUUCUGGCUAGAAAUUACCAAGAGACCCUGCUGCAGCUUUGUGGCAGAAACCCCAAAGAUGAACAAUCCACCACAUGAUCAGACAAGACAUGAAACGACAUCUUCUCAGCGGUUAACUACCAGAUAUACUG